AUGAUGAACGAGAGCACAGACGUCUCAACUUCGGUGAGUGCCGUAAAACCAGCCAGCAGCUAUAUCUCUACCUCGCUCACCGAGCCGAUAAAAUUGCGCAUCGGCACAGAGGGUAUUUCCGCCAAAGAGCCACAGACCAUACCGCAAUUCUUUCACAAAACCUGUACGCGUUUUCCCGAACAGCCGGCACUCGUCUAUGCCAAUGAGCCGAAAGAUCCAAACACCGUCUGGACAACUGUCACCUACAAGCAAUUCGAGCUUCAUGUGGAACAGGCAGCACUUAUGCUCUUGCAUGUUGGCCUGCAACCGCGUACCUCUAUAGGCGUAUUAGCUUUCAAUUGCCCCGAAUGGUUUUAUGCCGAAUUGGGUGCCUUGUGCGCUAACGGCGUUGUGUCGGGCAUAUAUCCGAGCAGCUCAGCGGAGGCCGUGCGGCAUGUGCUUGCCACGUCACAGGCCACCGUCUGCGUUGUGGAUGAUGCAACGCAAAUGGCCAAGGUGCGUGAAGUCAAGGAUCAGCUGCCGCUUUUGAGUGCGGUUAUCCAAUUGCAUGGACCAUUCGAGGAUUUUGUCGGCAGCGAGGAGGGUUACUAUCGUUGGGCGGAUUUGUUUGCUUUGGAGUUCGGCAAUGAAGAGCGCGAGGAAUUGGCGCGACGUGAACGUGCUGUCGCCGCUAAUGAAUGUGCAAUGCUAAUUUUCACGUCUGGCACAACGGGUCUACCCAAAGCUGCAAUGCUCUCUCACGACUCCGUCGUCAUGAAUGCCACAUGUAUCAACGCAGCAUUGUGUAAAUAUGGGAAACCCGCUGAAAGAAUAGUUUCUUACUUGCCUUUGAAUCAUAUUGCUGCUCAGAUCUUUGACGUAUAUUUGAAUUUGGAUAAAGGCAGCUGUGUAUAUUUCGCCGAUCGCGAUGCGCUCAAAGGCACACUCACGAAGACGUUUGCUAAGGCCCGUCCCACUUGCAUAUUCGGUGUGCCACGUGUGUACGAAAAGAUACAGGAGCAGCUGAAAAAAGUCUUCUCGAAAUCGUCGAGUCUCUCACGCUACACGUUGGAUUGGGCAAGGCGUGUGACCUUGGAACACUAUAUGAACAAAAAUGGAGCAACAAGCUAUUCGCUGAAAUUGUGGUUGGCAUCCAAGAUCACGCAUCAAGUUAAAGUCGCUUUGGGUCUGGAGUGCUGUAGCUGGAGAAUUAUUGGCGGUGCGCCCGUUACAACUGAACUGAAGGAAUUCUUCACAAGCCUGGACAUGCCGCUCUUCGAGGCUUACGGAUUGUCCGAAACCGGUGGUGCUGCGUCGGUAAAUCAAAUUUACAACAAUUUCACAAGUUGUGGAAAAGUCAUAGAUGGCGUUGAAGUGAAAGUUAAUGACCCAAAUAAAGAGGGACAUGGUGAGAUCUGCCUGCGCAGCCGCUCUACUAUGAUGGGUUACAUCAAUGAGCUGGAGAAAACACAGGAAGUGCUGAAUGACGAUGGUUGGUUCCUAACAGGCGACUUGGGUUAUCUGGAAGCUGAUGGAAGUAUCGUAAUCACUGGCCGUAUCAAGGAGUUGGUCAUUACAGCCGGCGGUGAAAAUAUACCGCCAGUGUAUGUUGAAAGUCUUGUGAAGGCGGAAUUGCCCUGUGUUAGCAACGCGCUGCUCGUAGGCGACCAUCGCAAAUAUCUCAGCAUACUGCUAACACUAAAGACUGACAUUGAUCCACACACUGGCAUGCCGUUGGACACGCUUCAUUCUGAUGUAAUUGAGUGGCUGCAAAAUUUAGGUUUCAACUAUACACGCUUAUCAGAGGUUUUAAACAUACCCACGGAGAUAAACGAGUCACAGGUUGCCAAUGUUUUAGGAAAACCUGACGCAAAAAUAGUGCAAAGCAUAGAGGCAGCCAUAAAGCGCGCCAACACUCGCGCUCUAUCGAACGCACAGAAGGUACAAAAGUUUAUAAUCCUACCGCAUGAUUUCUCAAUACCUACAGGAGAGUUGGGGCCAACACUGAAAUCGCGUCGGAAGAUCAUACUACAGAAAUAUGCUGCAGUUAUCGAUCGUAUUUACGAAUAG